AUGUCUACUUUGAGAUUAUCUGCUACUCAGGCCUUAGCCUUACAGAGCUAUCUUGCUAGAGAAGAAUCACUACCUCCUGCUCUCCGUGAAGUCCUGGCUGCUCUUCCUUCUAGCAGAGAAGGUCCUCAAACAGUUUCUUCUUCUCCUCUUGUCUCUCAGUCUAGGCAGGUACUUUGUGCGAGCUGCUGUCUAGGUCUUGAAGGGCUAGCCAGGCCUAACCGCCCUGCAGCUACUCGCAGAUAUUUCAUCGCCGACAUUACCUGGGCAGUCAUCGCCGACCUUACCGCCGCUGCAGUCAUUGAGGCCCCAGCCACCUCCUCCGCAAUCCCGGUUACAGCCACCCUUGCAGUUGCCGUCGCAGUUGCUGCAGUCGCCAUCGCAGUUGCCACAGUCACCCUUGCAGUUUCCGUCGCGGUUGACGUCGCCUUCGCCACCCUUGCAGUCGCCAUCGCAGUUUCUGUCGCGGUCAACGUCGCUGUUGCUGUCUGCGUCUCUGUCACUGUCGCCGUUGCUGUCACCCUCAAAGUUACCACAGUCAUUGUCACAAUCACCCUCAAAGUCACUGUCACAGUCGCAGUCCCUUUCCCUUCCCCGCUGCAGCUCUUACGCCCUCUUUCCCCUACGCUACCUAGGGAUUUACGGCCUUCAACUUCCCAAUCACAAUUUUGGUCAGAUUCUCCUCAUCCUCCUGUACUUGCUACAUCCCGUUCCCUGACGCCGUGUCCCAGUCCCCAGUAUCCCAGUCACCUAUAUCCUCAGAAGGAGCCACCCUUCCCUCAGGACAGAGAUAGGUCAGCCCAGAAAAGAAAGCGUACUCAGAAAAAUUCGAAGGGGACAUCUGGAGGAGAACCAGAUGAUCCUGGACCUCUGGCUUGUCCUAGAAAAAGUGUUAGAACCAAGAAAAGAAGGCGAACAGACAAUUACUCCUAUGGUUCGGGUUUUGUUAGCCGUUUUGUGGCAGGAAAUCAAACAGCAGAACCCUCAAAGGAUAUUUUGGUAGACGUUACUACACAACUGGGGAGAAUUUCUUUUGGCACCCAGACUACCGUUGGUCAUGCCGAUUAUCUUAGCUGGGUGUCAGACUUAAAGGCUCUGAUGGAAGGAACUUUGGAUACUGUCAAAGACUUGGCAGUUUUGUCUCUCGUCAAUUUAGCCAGACGCUGCGACCUCUCCGCAAAGGUUGACAGCUCUGCACGAUUUGUUUGGAUGUUGAAUGAGCUUUAUUUUGCGGCCAAAGUUAACAGGCAAUAUUCUCGUACACUUUUGAAGAAUUCUCUCUGA